AAAAAUGAAAUGAAUAGGUCUUUUACGUUCUUCUAUUAUAAGAAGGAUAAAACCAUUUCUGCGUGCUAAAAUUAACUUCUGAGUCCCGUCACCAUGAAGUAAAGUUGCCGCUGCCCUCGAUGGCUGCUCGCCAAUUACCGGGAAAGAGGGGAGACUCGGCCUGGGAACAAGAUCCUCGGUCCGUACGCAGAUAUCGGGCGAGACGGAGAGAUGCUCGUCCGUCGAUCAGCAUCAGGAGUCGUGUACUGACAUGAGGAAGAUAUCCAUCGUCUCUAACGCGACGUGGAUUCGGACACAAUCGCGGAAGUCUCAUCGCCGCGGACCGCAGGGUCCACAAGAUGAUAUGGAUACCCUAAGUGCCUGCCGCGUGUCCCGUGUCGGGCCCGGCAACUACGGAUGCCCCUCGCGAAUUUGUCCUUUUGCGGUUACAAAAUUAGGAUUAGGUGGAAGUGGAGUUCCCGCAGCUCCGGGACGCGGCCGGGAACGGGAGACCGGCGCGAAAUCCGCCGGAUUUGGAAAAUGACGAAUAAAAUAAGCAUCAGCGAUGGAAGGAAAGCAGAGUCCGCGUGGCGGCGGUGCGAGAGCCUAGAGGUCUGGGAUUUGUGGGUUUGCCUCUAAAGAGAAAGGCCCAAUGGCGAUGUCGAUCGCUUCGGACCCCGGCGAAGAAGCUUCUCGAAAAGCUAGGGGGGCCCUUCGCGAGCUCCCCGCUCGUCUUUAUGGAACCAAGGCCGUGAGGAUCUUGUCCCCCUUGCUGCCCGUCGAUCAACGUAGCGGAGAGGUUGAAUCCCCGGCUUUGCUUGGGAGACCGAGGAUUCCCACCAUUUCAGAUUUAUUGUGCCAUAAUGGACAACAAGGACAGCAUUGGCUCAGCAAUUCAAGGUGACCCUGAAGAACUUCCACCUAUUUUCAGAUUCAUCCAAUCCAAUGGAGUUGAUGGAUUUGAUACCAUUCCCAGCCCUCGCGGAUAUCCUGUAGCUUCUAAGGGAGCAGAACCUCCAAAUUUUCUUAAUGCUAGUGCUAAUGUACACAACACACCUUCUCCAAAUUUGCCCGUUCACAUCAUCAGGCCACCCCAUCAUUCACAUUCUGUGUCCAUCAGCAUGCCAACAUCACCUUCUGGAGUUAAUCAACCUGGAAGCAGUGCUGCUAAUCUGAAGCCAAAUCUAGUCAUUAACUCUCCUGUUGUCAACUUGCAAGUACCCAAGCAGGCAAAGUUUCACUCUCAACCCAUGGCAGCAGGAACAUUUCAAGCCAAGGGAACUCCAGAAAGAAAAGGUCUUAAUCUUUCAGGGAGUCAGCAGAGGGUACCAAGGAGUAGUCGGCUCAAGGACCACAGUUAUAAUUCUUUCAAGACAUGGUCUGGUGCCCUUGAAAGGCAGAUAUCAACCUUUCGCAGAAAGCCACCGGAACCACAGGAGGUUAACGGUUCAAAAAGUCAACCCGAGCCAGUGCCAGCCCCGGACCGCUACUUUGAUGCCUUAGAAGGGCCUGAACUAGAAACUCUCAGAGCGUCUGAGGUGUUGGUCCUUCCUGAAGACAAGCUGUGGCCUUUCCUUCUUCGCUUCCCCAUAUCAUCUUUUGGUAUGUGCCUUGGUGUGAGCAGCCAAGCCAUCUUGUGGAAAACAUUAGCCACAUCUCCAUCUACGACAUUUCUGCAUGUAAGCCCAAUUAUCAACCUCGUGCUCUGGUGUGUAUCACUUGCAUUGAUGGGCACGGUGGCCUUCAUCUACUCUCUGAAGAUCAUAUUUUACUUUGAAGCUGUCCGCCGGGAGUACUAUCAUCCCAUCCGUGUCAACUUUUUCUUUGCCCCAUGGAUAACUUGCCUCUUCUUGACGCUUGGCUUGCCACCAAUAGUUGCAGUAAAACUACACAGUGCUCUAUGGUAUGUGCUUAUGGGUCCAAUAUUGUGCCUCGAACUGAAGAUAUAUGGCCAAUGGAUGUCUGGUGGUAAACGCAGGCUUUCAAAAGUAGCCAAUCCCUCAAAUCAUCUAUCAAUUGUAGGCAACUUUGUGGGUGCAUUGCUGGGCGCAUCGAUGGGGCUUAAAGAAGGGCCCAUAUUCUUCUUUGCAGUCGGGUUAGCUCAUUACUCUGUGCUCUUUGUAACUUUGUACCAGAGGCUUCCAACAAAUGAGACGCUCCCCAAGGAGCUUCAUCCGGUCUUCUUUUUAUUUGUAGCCGCACCUAGUGUUGCUAGCACAGCAUGGGCAACGAUUACUGGGGAAUUUGACUAUGGCUCACGGAUUGCAUACUUCAUCGCUCUUUUCCUCUAUGUUUCUCUGGCUGUUAGAAUCAACUUUUUCCGGGGAUUCAGGUUCUCUCUAGCAUGGUGGGCAUAUACAUUUCCAAUGACGGGUGCUUCCAUCGCAACCAUCAGAUAUUCUGCUGAAGUGAAGAAUGUAUUUACUCAGUCACUUUCUAUUCUACUCUCUGGCAUAUCUACAUUGACAGUAAUAGCUCUGCUUGUGUCCACAAUCAUUCAUGCAUCUGUGCUCCAUGACCUCUUUCCGAAUGACAUCUCCAUUGCUAUCAGUGAUAGGAGACCAAAGCGAAGCAAGAGACGCACUCAUAUGAAAAUUGCAACCUCAGAUGUAAAUGACACUAGGGCUACUCAUCUGACGAGUGCAAGCUCGGAUAUAAAGGAAAUGGGGGCUACUCAUUUAGGAAAUGCAGGCUCGGAUAUAAAAGAAAUCGGAGCUUCUGUGUCAAUAGAUAUUCAAGGACGCUAGUUAUCUCUGAAGCUGCUUGACUUCUUUGGGAUGACUCCAUUACCGCAGGGCUUCCAGCGUUGUCCUUGAAUGUGUCAUGAUGUGAUUGGAUCCUCUCCUCUCACAAAGCUUUGGAACUAGUAGGAUCAAAUGUGGUCUGAAGUUUGAGACAAUUUGGAUGUGAAGAUUGCAUCAUAAUGAGAGGUCUUUGUGCAAAAUAAAACGCAGCGAUGAUAGUGAAUUGUUUUAUUGGUUCAUGAAACUAGUUGAUUUGUCUAUGAUGAUCUGUAGAUAAAAAAAAAAAUUGUGACAGACACUGUUGAAUAUGGAUUUCA